UCCGCCGCAGCAGCAAUGGCAGGCUCCACCGCAGCAGCAAAGACAGGCUCCACCCCAGCAGCAAAGACAGGCCCCACCGCAGGAGUACGAGCGCGAAUAUCAACAGGAACAGGGUGAGUCAGAUGAGCAGCAGGCCCAGCCUGAGCGUGAGCCUAGCCCUUUCCUUUUCCGUGCGCCUACGCCUGUUUUUGGCCGCUUCCCCUCGCCUCCACUGUAUAUCAAGAAUCGCGGAAAGAUGCCUGCUGGCGAAGAAGGAGAUGCCGAAAACGAGGAAGAGCAACAGCAACAGCGGCAGCCUCCACCACCGCCACUUCAGCGUGGCCCGUCGCGAAACCGUGCACAGUCGCAGUCCAUACAUCAGGAACCGCCUCGUGCGCCUAUGCGGAACUACGAUGAGGAGCCUGUAGUCGAAAGGCUGGAUUUGGAAACCGGUUCUAUUUCCAAGCGUCGCGGCCAUGCUCGCAAUGGCUCAGAGUUUGGCAGCGCCAGCACUCUGAUGAACGCCAACACUCGGGACGACUAUGACCUGCCCAAGGUUGUCGAGGAAGAUGUUGACUCUUUGGCGUCCUACUCGAGCUUGCGGCGCCCGCACAGCCCCAACCUGGUUGGCGGUGGGCGUAAGCACCCCAGCACCAAGGCUGACAAGGAGCCAUUCACGCUUCGUGGCGGCGGCAGGAAACACCCGGCAUUUGAUGAGCCUGCCCCCACAAAGGCUUGCGAGGCCGGUUGCUGCGGCGUCUGUGGCGAGGGAGUCAACAAGAGCGACGUUGUUGUGCGGCCUCAGGUUAUGCACGCCAGCUGCCUGCGCUGUGAAGCGUGUGACUGCCUCCUCACUUCGUCGACUUUCCGCGCCAUCGACGGACACGUGUAUUGCGAGGCUGACUACCAGCGCUUUUUUGACCAUGGCGAGGGUAGCAGCAAGGCUGUUGUCACGCGUCCGAAGAUGUCUGACAAGAAGUUUCAGGACAUGAACCGCGCGAUCAUGGAGUCUUUUACUUCUGUCGAUGACUUUUUGCUGCACAUGAGGCAGCUGCGCCAGGCCGGCGACCAGACUCCUCCGUCUACUGGGAUGCCGUAUGCUGGCGAUAAGUCAAAGGUGCAGCGUGCCGGAGAUAUGGGCGUUGACCGCCAGACUCAUUACGAGCGCGAACAAGUCACAUCACCCAUGGGCACACCAUGGAUCACGGAGCGCGUGGUUGACAAGAAGGUCAAGACCAAGAUCCUUGAGAAACGCUAUCCGGCCAGCAUCGCUGUAGCCUCUGCUGCCGAGCCCAGCGCGCCAUCUGUCACAGCGCCAACGGUGACGACCAACAACGAGCCGACACUGGUUGGCGGUGGAGCGCCACGCUCCAUGUCCAAGAUUUCACGGAUGGAUGAUAUGCGCGUCAGCAACGUGUCGUCGGCGUCACGGCCAGCAACAUCGUUAUUGAAUGACACAAAGUCGGUUAAUGGUUGGGAACAUCCGCUUUGCCCCGGGUGCAAUCAUGUUGUGUACCUGAACGACCGCGUGGUCCAUGAGAGCUACGGGUACCACAAGGCGUGCAUGCGCUGCCACCAGUGCUCUCAGGGUGCGCUGUACUGCAAGAAGCAUGGUACUGAGCUUAUGCGUCGUCGCAGCAUUCUGAUGCGCAAGAAGAGUACAAUGGGGAAGAGGUCGCGCCAGACCAGCAACCGGCCUGGCAUUUCGUUGGACAGGUUUUCUCCCGAGGUGCCUGUAGAUAAACCCCAGCCGCCUAUGCCUAGCAUGCCGAUGUAUUCGGGCAACAACAGCAACAAGCUCCCUGCGCCUCCGGGAAUCAACGGUGGUCCACGCAGGGUGACUACGGCGCUGCGUAAUUUCCUCGAAGCUGCCGCGAGCAAAUCGAGAACCAUGUCACCAGAGCCAACAAUGGACCGGCCCCCCGCAUCCCGCGCCCCUGCUUUUGUUGAGGCGCCCAAAGCCGUCCCCAAGAGCAAGGCCAAGGCAGCGCCGCCUCAGAUGCAUUUUGUUCAGCGCCCCGUAUCCCGCAGCAUUUUUGCCGGGUCGGGUGAGUCUCUAUACGAUCCCAAUGUGGUUAAUGCUCUGCGCCAAGAGGCCCAGCGUCAGAUUAACGGCAGCCAAGUGAGCGUUUCCGCACCGACGUCGCCGAUAGAGAAGUCCCACCGCAUGCUGUCUCCCUGUGGACCCUCUAUUGCGGAUGCACUGCAGAAGUACGCUACCAGCGGGCGCGAUGGCCGUGAUGGUCGUAUGAGCGUGUCCUCGCAGUUUGACCCCUUUACGGAGGGGAGCCAGUACCCCCUGAGCAGCCUUGCCUCGCCCCAGCAGAAGCAGGGUGGCGAUUUCCCGCCCAACGCGCAGCUCGACAACUUGGAGCGCCGGUUCCGCAAUGCAAACUUUCGCCCGCCCUGGGCCUUGAAGUCCCAGACCAUGUUCGAGUGAGUCUGCUGUAUAACUGACAAAGCCAAUAUUUAAACUUACAUUAUUAUUUUUAUCAUCAAAAAUGUUACAAUUUACACAUUUAUUAAUUA